UGCGAAUGGCAAACCCUUGUCUUGAAGAUAUAAAAUUGUAUACUACUCAGAUAAAUUCACGGUUAUCCUGAAAUUCACGCGCAUGUACUUUCUCUAAAAAUGAGGGUGCCUGGUGCCCGCAUAAUUGAAAACGUAUAGAAUGACUGGGUUAGUCUCCGUACUUCCAUCAACAGCGAGUCAUUCCGUCGCGAUGUUCGUAGCCACAAUCUUCGUGUUGAUCGCCUUCAGUCUUUUUGAAAAUGAAGUGCAAUGCUCGACAAUUCGGCGUCAAGCGUUCAGUAGGGAAGCUGAAAACUUGACGAAAGCCACGAAGAACGUAACAUUUUUGAAAAGGAUCGACAACGCGGUGAUUCGGAAUCCUCUCGGAGUCUCCACACUUCUUGAUAAUGAAAAAGAAAUUAAUUUAAGUAGUGAAACAGAGUUCAAAAAAGCAGAGGGUCUUUCAAUUUCGAAUGGGAGGAAUCAGCCGACGAAAAAUUUCAAGCGUCGCAAGCCAAAGUUUUUUGGAUCUCUGGUAUUCACACGACCGUCGAACGGCGAGAUAGCGCUGCAAUAUCUCGCUCCAGCAUAUUUCACCAGCUUCUUCAAGCCGCAAUCUCACUUUCCGUAUCUUUAUCCCGUUCCAUAUCCCGUCCCAGACAUCAUUUCAAACUUUUUUCCGAAUUUCCUGAACGGAAUUCCGACUAAGCCACCUGCCAACCAAAUCGCCACGUUGGCUCCUCGCCCCAAGCCUGUUCCUCAACAGAUUUUCAACCUUAGUACCCCGGCAGAACCUCAGGUUGUUGAUACUACUUUAGAUAAUGACAAAUUGACAACCGAAAAAGAAGGCAAUACUGAUUCAGAGCUUCAGGAACAGGCUGUGGACGACACUGAGAAAGAGAUUUCGGAAGCACAGGCUACUCAGGUGGACUUGAAACGGACCGUUCCAUCUGACGCGAAGGACGAACUGGAUAGAGAUCUCAUAAUCGCGUCGGUGAUGAACGAUGUAUCAGAAUCGAAGAGAUUGGCAUUGACAAGGAAAAAGUCAACUUCAGUUUCAUCUUCGACCCCGACGACAGUAGUAACAACUGAUGUCCCAACGAAUACCACGACGGUACCAAACGUCACGUUGUCAACGACGUCAGCAGAAAACGGUACCGAAUCGUCGACGUUUUAUGGUUAUUACGGAGGCAUGCCUCAGGACUUGGACCAUCUGGUGUUUACCACCGAAAACCCCCAGCAGAGAUACCUGGACGAUUAUUACCCGGAGAAGUUCGCCCUGCCCUUUGAGAGACCAGCGAUUUUUAAUCCCCACCCGAACGCUGAUUUGUAUCCGAGUCCUUUUGUAAAUUCGUUUUUACCCGGGGAACGGUUCCCCGAAUUCCUAAACACCGUCGAGGCCGAUCGCUACUUUUAUGAUCCUCAAAAUAAACCGAAUUUCAAUGGGUUUAGACCGAUCUUGAAAUAAAAUGAUGCUUUUCUCUCCUCGUUAAAGUACGAGGGUAUAAUUGUUUUCGACGUAUUAGUUUACGAAUUGAAUCGCUGGUAUUAAACAGAAGAUCAGUUUUUCUCAUUCAAACUUACGUAAUUGAAUUUUAUUACUUUUAACUUACAAUUCAAUAACGUUAUUCAUAUACUUAGUAUAUGUUAUGAAAUUUGUUUACUUUAUUAUUUAGAUAAUGAAUGCUCAUGGAUUAAGUUUAUCAAUAUUUGAAUACGGUUUUAGUGGUCUUAGGUAUAAUUAUAAUUCUGAACGUAUACGGUGCUGGAAAUAUUCUACAGAUAAAUAUCAAUUUUUGCACAAAAUAAAGA